GGAGUUAAAUAUUGCUUUCUGCGUCUUUGGUUUUGGGCUUAUACUGUGAAAACAUGAAUAAUUAUGAUCAAAAGAAGCAAGAUCAGAGGACCAGUUCUAGUAUUGGGAACAAUCAUUAUCCAUCUCCGCACGGCUCCCACCACCAUCCACAUUCACAAAGUUCAUAUGAUUCCCCUGGUAGCCAAUCUGCAACUAGUGGCUUCAGCAAGGGGAAAGUUUCUGGGAGACAAAAUGCAUUCAGGGUUCAACCUAAUGGGAUUCUACCACCUUCACAUGUUAAUAUUAGACAGCUGCAGGAAUGGGGGAGCAGUAGCACACCUGCUUCUGAAACCUCAGAUCAGGAUUUUGCAUUUUAUACAGUCAAGCAAAAGCAAAAUCAAGAGAGCAUUGGAAACAAUCAUUAUCCAUCUCCAUGCAGCUCCCACCACCAUCCACUUUCAUAUGGCCCAUAUGAUUCCCCUGGGAGCCAAUCUACAACUGGUGGCUUCAGCAAAGGGAAAGCUUCUAGGAGACAAAAUGAACUCUAUGCAUUGGUGCCACAUAAAGCAUCUAAUGAGUUGGGUGAUGUGCUGGAUGCCCUUAAACAAGCAAGGCAAUCAUUGCAACAGAAAACCAAUCCAUUGCCAUUAGUAGAAGAUGGGUCUAUUCGAAACCCUGUUGAUCCUUCUCUUCCUACCCCAGUACUGGGUGGUAAAGUAGAUAUUCUCCUUGGAAGUGUUGGACUCUUCAGACUACCGACUGAUUUUUUGGUUGAAGACAACAUGCGAACAAACUUCCUUAGUUCUAAAACUCCAAUAGGUUUAGGAAACCAUUACCCUGAUACCGGACUUCCAGCAGCUGCCAGCAAUCAAUUUGUCAACAGAUCUUACUCAGCCUCUGGAACAAGAUUUCCUACAGAGGAUAGAUUUCUGACCAGUCAAUAUGUCGAGGAUGGGUCUAGAAUCUCUACCCAAAGGCCUUAUUUUAAUCCUUAUUUGGAUUCAGUUUUACAUUCUUCAAGCAGGUAUACUUACCCACAAAUUCCUCUUAUCCCCACCAGAUACCACUAUUGCCUUCUAGGGAAUUCCCUUCCUUUCUUCCUAGCAAGACUACUGGUAUCCCUCCUGCAAAUCAUUUUUUAUUAUCUGAUGAUCAUACUAGACCAAACACGUAUAAAUAAUAGCUUGUUAUUGAACAUUCUAUUAGGUUAUCAAAUAUUAGCUUUUUAUAGCAUGAUAGUUAAAAUGAUGGCCCUUGAGAGAGGAUAUUUGUAUUGUUUAUAUAUGGUUCACUGUAUCAUUUAAUAUGAGAUGGAAUUUUAUAAAAUGAGAUGCAACUCACUUCAAGUGUUA